GCAUUUUGAGUUAUUAUUCUCCAAGUUUCUCCCUAGUGAACAUCCUAGUGUUCUUUCAAAUGGUACAGGAUGGUUAGAUGAAAUCUAGUUUAAUCAGUGCAUCUAGAUACAUGCGGCAAUAAGUAAUAAAAAGUGGUGUUACAAGAUUCGAGUUUUAGCGUCGAGAAGUGCAUUGUGCAAUUAUUCAAAGAUCAAAGGUCGGUAACCUAGUCUAGUCAGAACAAAAUGAAGUGUGUGGCAAGUUUCGCGUGUUUUAGCUUGUUGUUGGUCGUCAUUUCUGCAGCACCAGCACCACAAUUUGGUGGAUCUAUAUCAGCAUCAGCUAGUGUCCAGGCAGGAACAUCCCCAUCAGCUUCACCCAUAGGAGGCCUGACGAAUAUUUUACAAAAUAUCGAUCUUCCAGGCAUACUGAGAGGAAUAAACGCUUUUGUAGGCGUAAUCAGACAAUUCUGUCCUCCGUUAUCGCAGAUCUUAGAUAACGUGAUCCAGAACGUGACAAGUCAAGCGUUCAGGAUAUUCGGCCGAGCCAUUUUGCAAAAUGGUGGUCUUGGCGGUGGUAACGGUGGCACCCAGAGGGUCAACGUUGUGCUUCCAACUUUCCCGCCAGAUGAGGAUUAUGACGAGGACGAGGAGGAAGACUCCAGCCCUGUAACACUAGACCUGGACACGAGGAUAGGAGGAAAAACGCAAGAGAGCACUACCACAUCGCCUUCUGCAGAUGAUAACACUGUUGCCAAAAGGCAUGUUAGGGUAGUGCGAGAAGCUGAGACUGACCAAGAGCUGGCAGAAUCUGCCCCGGAACCGCAAGAAGACCUCAGCAACGUAGACACCGAAAGUGACAGUGACAGAGGCAAGAGGUUCCUGCCCUUCGGAGGUGACGGUCAUGGAGGUGGUUCAGGAAACUUCCUUUUCGACGUCAUUCGGUUGGUAGCAGGAUCAGGUGCUACUGAAGAUGGAGAUGCCGGUCAUGCUGGAGCUGGUGGUGUAGCCGAAAUCGAUAUUGCUAAAGGUGCUGAUGGUUACACUGAAGGUAUUCCCGGACCAAUCACCAGGCUCUUCGUCAUUGCCAACAGAGGAAUUGCAAACCUAGUACAAGAUUUGAUCCUGCGUUUGGCUCAAACCAGUGAAAGACUAGUCAACUUCAAAGCACGUCUGAUCACCGCUUUGAUCUAAUUCUAGAAGUUUCACUGAUGGAAGACAAUCACCGAUCAUUCGAAAAUCCAUCCAUCCUUACAGCUCACCAAUCGUUUAUUUAAUGACCAUCAAAUGAAGAAGUCAUUUAAGAGAUUUGUAGUUUAUUUAGUGGAACAGAAAAAUGUAACUCAGGCACCCAAAACACAAAAUAAUUUAACUGCUUCAAAUCCUAUUCAAAACUCUGAUGACUUCUGAUGCAGCACCCUCCAAAAUUCACACAAAUCAGCAUUGUAGAAUAAUCAUUCUGUACAUGAUGAUCGUGAUUUAUUUAUCAAUUUUCUUUAUUUGUUGUUAUUUAAUUAAGUCUAAUUUUCCUUUGUAAAUAGCUAUAAAAUUCUUACUAUUUCUCUUUCGUUUUUUACCUUCUCCUUGCCAAUACUUUGAUAAUUGUUUUUUAGUCAAAUUAUCCGGUUUGUAUUUCAUAUAUUAUUUUAAGAUCAGUAGGUUAUAAAUUAUCAAUGACUCGACUUUGAUUGAAGCCUGAACAUUUGCUCAUCAGAAAAUUCAAUGAAACAUUGUUUUGUAAAUAAUGACAACUACAUUCAGACAUCUGAAGUCAUUCUGUUUCUUUAAGUGUAAGUAGUGUAUAUAAAUUCGGAACUUUUGUUUUGGUGUUUUACAUUGUUAUCGAUUCAGAAAAAUAUAUAAAAUACAUGUAUGUUGUCUAAGAUAAUUACCGAAAAUAAAAAAUUAUUUCGUU